AUGCUUCCUUCGUUGCGCAACCGCAAGUGCUACAGGGACUACACCAUAUACGACGAGGAUGAUUCGCUGCGAGUGAUUAAGGAUAUUGAUAAGCAGGAGAAAGAAAGACUCGCUAAGAUCAGCUCAUAUCAGCCAGGAAAAUCCAAUUCAGCAGCAGCAGGAGCCAAUCCAGACGGCCUAUACGAGGCCAUGUCGCAUCUCUCUCUCCAAUCAGGCGACGCCACGUCAGCAGCACAGGCAGCAGUGGCAGAAGUGUUAGGGGAUGCGGGGGGUGGGGGAGCGGGGGGAGAUGGGGUAGAUGGGGAUAAGGAGGGAAACCGGUUAAAAAAUAUAAGGGAUGCUGUGUUGAGGUAUAAGGAGGGGGGGAUGAAAGAGGACAUGAGGGGAAGAGUGGGGGAGAGGAGGAGAGGGAGGUUCGAAGGGGAGUUGAGCAUAGGAGGCUCCAUUCCCAGAUACGCCAAGUUGUACGAGGAGGAGCUGAGGCGCAGCAACGCGUUGGACUUUGACGACCUCACUCAUUUCCUCCUCGAUCUCUUUCACACCCAGCCACACGUGCUCCAGAAAUACCAGGAGCGCUUUCAGCAUGUGCUGGUGGACGAGUUUCAGGACACGGAUUCGUUCCAGUACGAGAUAGUGCGGCUGUUGACACUCAACUCCAAGCGCCUGUUCGUUGUGGGGGACAUUGACCAGUGCAUCUAUUCCUGGCGCGGAGCAGAGUACCACUACCUACAGCGGCUCUUAGACGAGGACUUUGAUGACGUCACCACGCUGCAGCUUCGCAGCAACUACCGGUCAUCCCAGAGCAUCCUGCAGGCAGCAAACCGCGUGAUUCAAGGAGGGCCCAGGGACAGACGCGUUGGGGGAGGCACUUUGGAGCUGAAACCAACCAAGCCCCCAGGCCAUCCGGUGUUCUUCUCCUUCUUCCCCUCGUGCGCCAGUGAAGCUGCAACCAUCGCUGAGGAGAUAGAGAGCCUCGUUGACCCUGCGGAAUUGUCCCCCUGGCGGGGGCAAGCAGGGUCGAAGGGGGGGGCGGAGGGGCACUGGGAGGGGAGAGGCAGGGGGAGAAAAAGGUGGGUUGGUGGCUGGGUGAGUAAGUGGGUGGGUGGGUUGAGGGCGGUGCAGCUGCAGCAGGGGCUGGCGGACCUUGCCAUACCAUGCAUCGCUGUGGGCGGGAGCACGCUGUUCCAGAGAAAGGCAGUGCAGCUGCAGCAGGGGCUGGCGAACCUUGCCAUCCCAUGCAUCGUUGUGGGAGGCAGCACGCUGUUCCAACGCAAGAUACCGGAUAGCCUACAUGAGAGUGGUCUCAAACCCAGCCAAUGGAUUGCCCGUCCCAUCCGUCUCCUCCCCUCCUUUGCGUCCCUGCCCUCGCUGCCCUCCCUCUAUUCCCCUCCCUUCCUCCAUCUCAUCCCCUUCCCCGCUCAGGUGGUGAAGGACCUAGUAGCAUACAUGAGAAUGGUCGCCAAUCCAGCAGACAGUGUUGCACUGGGUCGGAUCUACAACACGCCCUCCAGAGGUAUUCCAUUCUUUACCCCCCAGAGGUAUUCCGGUGCUUACCCUCUGCAGGUACUUCGGCCUGGAGGCCUAGGCAUGAGCAGUGGGUUCAGAGCCUCAACACUCCCUUUCACCCUUGGAUUUUCUCUGUACCUGUUCUUCUUUCUCAAUAUUUCCCGCCCUCGCUCUCCCCUCAACCCUGGGUUCCCUUGCCCUUCAGGGCUGGGGGCCAAGUCAUGGGCAGCAGUGCAGCAGUGGGCUCAGAGGCUUGACUCUCCUUGUCGCCCUCUCUUCCCCCCAUCCCUUUGUCGCCUUGCCCAAGCAGGCCUGGGGGCCAAGUCAUGGGCCACAGUGCAGCAGUGGGCUCAGGGCCUCGACUCCCCUGCGGGCACGGCAAUCCUGGAACUAGCGUUGGGCAAGCAUGCAGACAACCCUCCUUCAAUCUCCAAGAAAGCCAGCUUCGCGCACCUCAUCCUCUCCUUCCGCCGUGCAGUAGGCACACUUGAUGGCGCCGAUUCAAGUCUGGGCGCAUCGAAUCUGAGUGACUCGAGUCAGAGGGGGAACACGGGUGGGACGAAGGAGCUGCCUCAUGCCGGAGGGCUGCUGGGGACUAUAGUGGACGUGCUCGAGUUGAAGCAGGAGUACAGCCCUGCAGCAGCAGCGGCAGCCGCAGCAAAGAGCCGGUCCCCCAACCCUGCAGUGUUGAGGCAGCGGCAUGAGGAGGACGGCAAGCGCGCUCUUGACCAGAUGGAACGACUUCAGGACCUAGCGAACAGGUUCGGCCCGACCUGUGGGGUUGGUAUGGAGGGAGUGCGGAACUUUCUGGAGCAGAUUGCACUACUUUCAGGGGAGAUUCACGAGUCUGAAGGCAAGGAGGCACAGCUGUCAGCCAAUGCAGUGCGAUUAAUGACCAUCCACAAGGCCAAGGGGCUGGAGUUCCCUGUGGUGUUCCUGACAGGCUUGGAGAAUCGAAUCCUGCCGCUGGCUCCGAAAAACUAUAAGGAGAUGGCUCAGUGGAAGGGGUCUGAGGAGAGGCCGGGGGGAGAAGGGGUCAAAGCGGGACAAGGGGUUGAAGCGGGAGAAGGAGUCGAAGAGGAAGGAGUCAAAGCGCAAGGGAAUGCGGUGGUCGGUGAUGCGGAUGAGUCUGCGGAAUACGCUGAGGCUGCUGCAGCAGAGGAGGAGUCAAAGCGGAAAAAGGGGUCAAAAGGGGAGAAGAACUCAAAGCGGGAUAAGGGGUCAAAGCGUAAGGGAGCUGCGGUGGUCGGUGAUGCGGAUGAGUCGGCGGAGUACGGUGAGGGUGCUGCAGCAGAGGAGCAGUCAAAGCAGAAAAAGGGGUCAAAGCGGGAGAGAAGGCUAAAACGGGAACUGGAAUCGGAACGGAAGAAGGCAUUGAGUAGCGGCGGUAAUGUGGAUGCGGCAGCAGGUGCCAAGGAUGCAGCAUUGGAGGCAGAGUGUCGAUCUGAGGGGUCUAAGCGGGCUAAAAAAGGGUCAAAGCGGAAGAGAUCUGUGAGUGCCGACGUGGAAGCUAGCAGCGUUGGGGAUGAGGCAUUGACAAGUGUUGAGGCUGCAGCAGAGGCGGAAAAAAUACUCGGAAAGGAGAAAAGGAAGAAGACGAAGCGGAAAGGAGCUGUGUCUGAUGGGUCUGCUAAUGAGGUGCUGCUGGCAGGUGUUACGAUUACAGCAGAAGCGGAACAAUCACCUGAGAAAAAGAAAAAGAAAAAGAAGAAGCAGAAACUGGCUGUGCGUGAGGUGGCGAAUGAGGCAGCCAAUGAGGCAGCUGCAGGUGAUACUACUGCAGCAGAAGCGGAGGAAUCACAUAAGAAAAAGUCGAAGCGGAAUCGAGUUAUGUGUGGUGGGGCUGACGAUGAGACAGCUGCAGGUGAUAAUACUGCAGCAGAAGCGGAGGAACUACAUGUGGAGAGGAUGAAAAAGAAGAAGUCAAAGCUGAAAGGAGCUGUGGAUAACGGGGCUGUUAGUGAGGCGGUGACAGGUGCUGGUGUUUCAGCAGAAGCGUUGCAAGCACAUGGGACGAAGGAAGAGAAGGAAGAGAAGAAGGAAACGAAGAAGUCAAAACGGAAACGGACUGAUGAUGGGGCUGCCAGUGAGGCUGCUGCAGGUGAUGAUGCAGCAGCAGAAGCAGAGCAAUCACGUGUGGGGAAGAAGAAGAAAAAGAAGAAGUCGAAGCGGGAACGAGCUGCGAGUGAUGGGGUGAAGGAGGAAGAGACAGGUGCUGAGUUUGCAGAGGAGCGUUCUCAGGAGCAUGGUGCAUCGUUAGCAGGUGCUACUGAGGCGGCAGCAGCAGAGGAAGGGUCUCAGGUGAAAGGAAAAAAAAGGGAAUCAGAGCAAGAGAAACGGUCGAAGCGGGAGAAGGCAAAACGGAAGAGAGGGAAUAACGGCAACGAGGAGACCAGCAGCAUCGGGAAUGGGGCAGCGGCAACGGAAGGGGUGGAGGUUGCAGCAGCAGGGGAGCAGCCGCGAGUGAGCGUGUCGAAGCUGGAGAAGAAGGCUGGACGGAAGAGAGCUUUGGGUAGUGGCAGCGGGGAGAAUGGCAGGAGUGAUGGAAUGGCAGUGGAAGGGGCGGGGGUUGCAGUAGCAGAGGAAGAGCAACCGCGGGUGAAGGGAUCAAAACGGAGACGAGUUUCAGUCCACAGCGCUCUUGGGGAAGCUGCUGCGGAGAAAUCCCUCAAUGUUUGCGACCGACUCGGAGAAAUUUCAGGAAAAGAAGAUUGGGAUGCUCAAGGAGCUUGGCAUCACCGACUUCGUCCGAACCAUGAAAAGGGAUUCGCGAGUGAUGACUGCUCGUCCGGCAACUCUCACAGGGAAAACGGAUUAUUUGAAGGAGUUGGUGGGAAAUCAUCAUGCUCAUAA